CAAUGAGGUCUGUGACCAUCUUCUAGUCGAAUCGGAGUAUUCCCGUCAUCAUGUGCGCCCAUUUCUCGCGUGGUUUGCUCUCUUUUACCAGGACGAAGACGGCUACGACCCUUCCUACGAGAGGUGUACAGCUACGAGUGUGAAGGAGAAGGCAGCAUGACGCCCCUUUCAGUCUCGAUAAUGGUGGGCUCAUUGAGCGGCUUCAGCAUCGCGCUUUUGGCGUCAGUUGGCGUUGGGACAUGCUUUAUUCUUCUUUCUGUUGCGGCCUAUCGGAUGCUUCUGCACCCUCUCGCGAGCAUACCAGGCCCCCGUCUAGCUGCGGUUUCAAGCUGUUGGCACGCCUAUCAUGUCAGGAACGGCCGUGUACGACUAUUGGCACAGACCUUGCACGGUACUUAUGGCGACUGUGUGAGAGUUGGGCCAAAUGAAGUGUGGUUCAACAGCAAGGAAGCAUUCGAUCAUAUUUACAGUACUAGCAGAGGCUGUGAAAAGUCAGACUUCUAUUUGGCGACAAGAUUGAGCAGACCUCAGAUGGAUUGGCACUUGCGCCUACACUUCCCGGACAACUUAGAUCUGCUCUCCGAGCUCAACACGAGACGGUAUCGCUUGCAGAGGCGGCUUAUUGGUCGCACAUAUCAUGCGUCGAACGUCGCGAAAUACGAUGCUGCAAUCGACGAGGUGGUGAAGCGCGCUGUCACAAAGCUGGCUUCCCUGCAGGGAGAGGAACUUGACCUGAAGGAAUGGAUGCACAUCAUCGCUGUCGAGUGCCUCGGAGCCGCUGUUCUGUCCUGGUCGCCUGGGUUACUCAAAGUCGGCAUCGACUGGGGCACGAUUGUGCACAGUUACAGAGGGUGGAGGAGAAAGAGCGUCUUUGGCCUCUUCCCCAUCAUGACCAAGUUGGAGCUGUUGUCAUCGGAUAUCGGCAGGGCCUUCGCCGCGCUCUGCGGCGUCACAUACAAGACGCCUGCCAAUUUCCGGCCUUUCUUUCCUGACGUAUCAAGACGAGUAUCGCGGCGAGUCAAGGCAGCACUGAGAGACAAUCCGCCCAAAGAUGCCAGGCAGGACCUUCUCGCGGACCUGAUUCAGCUCCACAAGGACAAACCCGAGUUCAAUGAGCUUUACCUCCGGAAAAUGGCUGUGACCAACUUUGGUGCUGGCCACGAGACGAUGGCGUCCACACUCACAUCAAUCCUUGCCAUGAUAGGAUCACAUCCCCACGUUCAGCGGCGAGUAGCCGACGAAGUCCGGCAGACAUCAAAAUCUGGGCCCCUUGACAACGUCGCCAAGAUGGUGUAUACGCGCGCCACCAUCAAAGAGGCCAUGCGUCUGUACCCCGUAAUCUCCAUGUCUCUUCCCCGCAGAGCGCCUGCGGGUGGACUGCAGGUGGGCCGCCGCUGGUUCCCUCCGAACACGACGGUCGGGUGCAACCCCGUCGCCCUGCAUCGCAACAGCUCCAUAUUCGGUAGCGAUGCCGCGUGCUUUGACCCGGGGCGCUGGCUCGGCGCCCAGGCGGGGGACGACACGCGUCUCCGGGCGAUGGACCGCUUGAUCGACGGGGCACCAAGAGAGAGGCGUUUGAUGAAGCCAGCGGGCAAAAGCUUCCUUGACUUGACAGGCUAAGGGCAGCUUGGCACGCGCGGCUUUACGUUAUAGCGCUACGGACCAGCGCGGGCGGAACAAGCAGCCAUCGAUGCACCGCUGAUACGGUUUACGGAGCUUACGAACUGGCAAUUUGCGAAGACUCCCGAAGGGGCUGCUCGGAUCUUGAUGGCUUUUGGCUCGACGCUACUUUCAAGCUUGGACGGAGUCGGACGAAGCCCUCUACGACGACAUCACGGCAAAGGCCGAAGCUGAUAUGGUGUUAUGGAGCUGCACCUGUGCCUCAAGCAUAUCAGAUGGUCAGACUUACACACUUCAUACGAGCCGAGACGAGGCAGAACAAGCCAUCAAGCCUCCGUCACUAACAGGGAGGAAGGACCCGCCAGGGCCGAAUGCAGUAUCAGUCCCACGCCUUCGAAGAGUUUCAGCCGGCAGCUGUUCUGAAUCGUACCCAUGACAACUCGCAUUGGUCACCCUGCCUUUGUCCGCCAGAGCUGGCAGGCGGCAGAGAUUUCAGAACCGACGUCUCCCAUUCGCAAAUCGUAGAGGCUUCUUACAAGCCACUGCGCUUGAAAGGGGCGACACCCGUUCGCCCCUGGUGGCAAGUCUGUUGGCCCAUCUACUUGAACCAACAGCCGUUUUUUUCGGGCAAUUAUGGGAUGGGUGGUCGUCGACGGGCUUGGCGCGGCCCUGGCUUGAUGAGUGGUGGGCUGGGCGAGGAGGCACACUCCGAAUCGCCGUGGCUUGCCCGAUGGCUGUGGGCGAGGGUGGGGGACACACUUCGGUGGCAGGCAUUCCCUGAUUCAACCGCUCUCCCAAGGGUGCGCUAACCCAGGACGGAACGUUCGACGGGGCUUCCAUGCGUGUGAGACUUGGCACGCUUGUGGUCCUGGGCUCCUGGGAUGGUGGCACGAGUGAUAUCCCCCCAGCAACUUGUGUUAUCAUCGCUCCACUGCACUAAGUGUAAAUGGUAGGAGAGAUGUCAAUUACUGGUGGGUUCUUAGUCCUUCGGCUAUGAUAUGAAGC